CUGCCAUUUGAUUGCGUUAAUGUGGAUCACUGGAAACGAGCAUGAAACCUAUACCUCUGAAGUGCAAAGAUUUAUUGCCAUGCUCUAUGCACAUUUAAGUCCACUUUGUCACUUUCACAUCUAAGUAUUGCGGUGUUUUGUAUCCUGUGCUGUCUUCGUCUAAAUGGAAGGCAUAAAUAACACUUCACAAUCAAUGGGAGUUGGGCAACCUCACCAUCCAGUAAACCACACCAGACCCUUUUUCUAUGUUCAGCCACCAUCUCAGCCUUAUCUAAUGUAUCAAUGGCCCAUGAAUCCAUAUGGCCACUAUGGCUUUCCAGGGCCAGCUUUGCAAUUUGGCCGUCCAUAUGUGGCCCCUUAUCAGUUUAUGCAGUAUCCUGGGUAUGUGAUCCCACAUGCGCCCAUGCAGCCUAUCGAUUACAGAAGAAUCAACCCCCACUUCCCCUCCGUUGCAUCCUACGAUUUGCGUGUCCGCCACCACUAUCAACAUGCAGGGAUGCAUCGGGAGACCGUCUGUUCUGAGGUCCAAACAGAUCCUAGUGAUUCAGUCAACAAACUGUUAGACAAAAUUAAGAGUCUGAAGGCCAGUGAACAAGGUGGUGACAAGGGGCUUAACACUGUGGUCUCCUCUACCCCUGAUGUAGUACAGGGAGAGAAACUGACCUGUUUAAAUGAAGACUCUAAGUUAGAGCUCGCCUCUCAGGAAGGUAAGGAGGAACAGGUCAAUCAGGUCACAAGGACCACAACCUACAGCGACUCUGCGUAUGAUGCUGAAUCUAGCCAGGGUAGACUGGAUGAAUGUGUGCUAUCAGAUGUGCUACCCCUUGACAGUUCCUCUGUCCAUGAGGAUGCUGAUGAUGAUGAGCAACAAAGUGUUCCUGAUGAAACCUGCUGCCAAAGUGGAAUGUCAACAACCAGUGCAACUGGCAAUGUGUUCUGUAGUGGUGUCAAAGGCACUGCUGAUCCAACAGAGAACCUCGAUUUGGAGAAACCAGGUGAUGAGCUGGUACAGAAUAUUGCAUCUACUGAUGCUGCUGCGGUUAUGGAGCCUCUUAUAAAGCUCUCUGAAGACUUUGACCUGCCGUAUCAAAUCCUUCGCUUGCCCUGCAAUAAGACAACAACUGGCCUCAGUCUUGAACGAGAGAUUGAUCCACUUGUUUACUUUGAUUCUCCAUCUACGCUGCUGCCUCCACAAAACUAUCUGUCCUCAAUCGGCAGUGCAUAUUCCUACAGCUACUACCCUCAGGUGACCCAAGAGCGCCAGAGUGUCCUGAGUCCGUCCAUAGAUGAGCUCUCUUCCAGAGAUGAAAUGUUCUCCACUGAUGUGGAGGAUCUCGAUCUCAAUCCGGGGCAUGUGUAUGUUGGUGGCGGCAAGCUGGCUGAAACCAGUGACGUUCCUGUUCGCUCCAGAAAAGAGCUCCUGAGUGUGGAGAAAACUUGCCCUGUCUGCCAGAAAAUGUGCGUGUGCUGCGGCUCAAGCUUGCAGGAUGAAGUAGGAAUGUACAAAGUGGCCGAACACGGCCAUCUUGAGCGAGAUGAGGCGUCUGAUCAAGACUGCGAGUAUGACCUCAACGCAGAGGUGCGAAGUAACUGCGAGUCACCGAGAAUGCCCAAGAGGAAGUGUUGCAGUAGGCAUGUGCUGCCCUCUUGUGGGCAUCAGUGUGCCAAACACCGGCACAGGAAGCUGCUGUGUGAAGGCCAAGAGAGCUGUGAUCUCCGUGAGCAGGCUCGUGUGCAUCCCAAAGGAGAGUGCUGUGAGGAGUGUGGCUCUCUGGCUAAAGCAGAUAAGAGAAUUCAAAAGGGUACCUUGUGCAGGCCUUGUAUUGAGCGACAAUGGAAAGAGGGUGUUGUCUCUGACCAAGAGAAUUGGGUGAGCUAUGGUGCCAAACCAGGAUCUUUGAGGCAAGUUAGUGGACCUCAAGAUCAAGGGAGGACUCCUUUGAGAAGGCCGACUUGUAAGACAGUCCACCAGCAAAGGCCAAGAAGUGAUUAUGAUGAGACCCAAUUUGCCUACUGCCAGAGAGGCAGAGGUGCUAUGAAGAAAAGGGGCACGAGAUACUAAACCACGAUGCACUGCUGUAAUACUUAAACGUAUUACCUGAAACUUGUGUAAAAUGCACUUCACUAUGAAUGUACACAUGGACACUGUUCUUGACUGUAUGUAACUAAAGUAUGACAGUGAUGUACACCUUGCUGCAUUUCCAGUGCUCCACUUAACUUUUUUCUAUUUUGGGUGUUAUGCAUUCAUCUUAAAAUUAUACUGAGACCGCUCUCACUGGACCAGGCCUUGACCUAUGUUUAGAAGGCCUUUUUUUUUCUCAUGUGGCUUGAUCUGGGAGGUGUGGAUCUUGUCUGGUGUGUAAGGGCUCGGAGUCUUUACGUGGUCAAGGACUGGCCCACUGUGACCAGUUUCAAAUGCUGGGCACUAGAGAUGCAGCUGGUUUGAGGGUUGCUGCAGGGGG